GUGAAUAUAAUAAAUUUUUACUGCUCCUACAAUCUUAUUGCAAGUGCAUCUCCUGAAUCUUAAUUUCUGCCCCUUUUUUAUAUUCCUUUUUUUCUACUUUUUUCCCUUUCGUUCGAUCGCAAGACAGUCGAGGCUGCAACCUAAUUAAGCUAGGGUUUUUGAUUGUUUUUUUUUCCCUAGAUUUAUCGACUAAAAAAAAUCAAUGGGUGCGGAGGAGGAAUCCAGCUUAGGCGUUGCGGGGGGUGAUGAAGUGAAUGUAAACAUUCGAGGCUCAAACGGCUCCAAGUUCUCGGUGAAAACGAGCCUCGAAUCGACGGUAGCUGAAUUUAAAGGCGUAUUGGCGCAAAGUUGCGACGUGCCCGCUCAACAGCAGCGUUUGAUCUACAAAGGUCGGAUCUUGAAGGACGACCAAACCCUGGCUAGCUAUGGUUUGCAGGCAGAUCACACCGUUCAUAUGGUUCGUGGUUCUGCACCUGCCGCCUCUCCUCCUUCUGUUCCUACAGGUGCUGGAAGCACCAACAGUCCAGCUGGCACUCAAAGUGGUGGCCGAGUUCCUGAGGGCACUGGGGUGGCCAGCACUGGUGCACCCUUAUUUGGUUUGGGUGCACUCGGGGGAACCGGGCAAUCAGGGUUAUUUGGAAGUGGGCUUCCUGAAUUUGAACAAAUGCAGCAGCAACUAAGUCAGAACCCUCACUUGAUGAGAGAUAUCAUGAACUCACCUGCCAUCCAAAGCUUAAUGAGCAACCCUGAGAUCAUGAGGAGUUUAAUUAUGAGUAACCCUCAGAUGCGCGAGAUAAUCGACCGGAAUCCUGAACUUGCCCAUGUUUUGAAUGAUCCUGGCAUCCUUCGGCAGACAUUAGAAGCUGCAAGGAACCCUGAGUUGAUGCGUGAGAUGAUGCGGAACACAGACAGGGCAAUGAGUAACAUUGAAUCUUCUCCCGAGGGAUUUAACAUGCUGAGGCGCAUGUAUGAAAAUGUCCAAGAGCCCUUCUUGAAUGCAACAACCACAGGUGGUGGUGGUGGUGGGACUGCUGCUGCAACAAAUCCAUUUGCAGCUCUCUUUGGGAACCAAACGAGAGGUGGGUCAGACUCAAAUGCUGCACCUGAAUCCGGGACCACUGUGCCCAAUUCAAACCCACUUCCGAAUCCAUGGAGUAAUACUGGACCCAUAAAUAGUUUGUGCAAUAAUCAUACUGCUUUACUAUGCACUUUCCUUAUUCAGGACCCAUUUCUAAUGCAUUCUUAUGUCUUAAUUGCUUGUGGAGGUUCUCAAACAAAUAAUGCUACGAGAACUAAUCCACCACUACCUUCAAUUGCUGGAUUGGGAGGUAUUGGUCUGCCAGAGUUGGAUCGUACAGGCAUAACGGAUCCCUCUGCAUUCAGUCAUUUGUUGCAAAAUCCAGAUGUAGUGCAGAUUACACAGAGCCUGCUUUCCAAUCCACAGUAUAUGGAACAAAUCCUGGGCUUGAAUCCUCAACUACGCAGCAUGGUUGAUAUGAAUCCUCAAUUAAGAGAAAUGAUGCAAAACCCAGAGAUUCUUCGAGAAUUGGCCACACCUGAGACGAUACAGGAGGUGGGUGAUUCUCUGCCUGAUUUGGAACUUUUCCCUUACGUUCACAUCGGCCUUCAUUUUGUUUCAGCAAAUUUUGGCCUUACAGCAACAACUUUCUCAACUUACUGGGCCGCAGUCAACAUCGUGAGAAUGGAGCUCAGACUGGUCAAGCCUAUACCACAUCAUUCUUUUGGUGGUGUAAAAAAUGCAGGAACACAAACCAUUGGUUUGGAGAUGCUGAUGAAUAUGUUCGGUGGGCUUGGAGCCGGCAGCUUUGCUGCUGCAAACAAUGUACCCCCAGAAGAAGUGUAUGCAAGCCAGCUGUCUCAGCUGCAAGAGAUGGGCUUUUACGACACUCAAGAGAAUAUCAGAGCCCUCCGUGCUACUUCAGGAAAUGUUCAUGCAGCUGUGGAACGGCUUCUGGGAAACCAGAGUCAAUAGUCCAUCAGACACUUUUAUUUACAGGCAUAUCAUAUUAUAUUAAAUGUGAUUUCAUCUUCUAUUCAGAGCUGCGAAUUAAAGACCACUCGUUAUUUCUUGAACUGGGGGGUUCGUUAUAAGAUUUAUAGAUCUAAGACUUCCGUUUUCUGAAUCUAUGCCAAUGUAUAGUGCAUACCUUACAUGUCAUGUCUUGCAGAUUGACCACAUUUUAUUUGGAGCAUAUCAGUGCUCAAUUUCUUGUGUUUGAGCAAUACAUAUAUAUAUUUUGCAUGCCUAUUUGUGCAUCAUGGAGAGGUUUGUAAAUCUAGUUAUUAUUAUUGUUAUGCCCCGACCUUAAUGGAAAUUAAACCACCUCGUUUCUUCUUCUACCCGACUAGUAUAAUAUCGGAUUUUAUUUUUAAAUUUUCAAUUUUAAAUUACAACAAAAAUUACUUUGAGA